GGUCUUUCAGAGGCCGGGGGCUGAAAAACGCCAGCGGAUUCUGCAGUAUCAGAGUGAUGUCCUGGAGACAGUUGUGUUGGUGAACCCAUCAGAGGAGACCGCAGCUUCAGAGACUCGCUCACUGAUCACUGACUCCGCUGCCAAUAAGUUGCUGAUACUGAGCGGGCAGAGCUCUGAGCAAGGAGGAGACAUCCUACUCCAAAGUGGAGCCUUCACCUGGCAACACUUCUCUGACAUCAUAUCAAACCCUCAAGUGAUUGAAGUCUUGUCUCAAGCUGCGCCAGAGCAGCCGGCAAAGCUCACUGUUUCCUGUCAGGGAGACGGGGGCUGGAGCUCCCUGGGCCAAAGCCAGGAGCAGCAGCCACUUCAAAAUCUUCUGGAAUACCGCUUGAACCCUGAACCCCACCUUCCCGACAUGGAUGGAGUCACAGAGUUCACAGAGUAUGUUUCAGAGACUGUGGAUGUGCCGUCACCCUUUGAACUCUUGGAGCCGCCAACCUCUGGAGGGUUUUUGAAGCUGUCUAAGCCCUGCUGCUACAUCUUCCCCGGGGGCAGAGGCGACUCCGCUCUGUUUGCCGUCAAUGGAUUCAACAUACUGGUGGAUGGAGGGUCUGACCGGAAGUCCUGUUUCUGGAAGCUGGUUCGUCACCUGGACAGGAUUGACUCUGUUCUGCUCACCCACAUUGGGGCUGACAACCUCCCUGGCAUCAAUGGUCUAUUCCAGAGGAAGAUUGCAGAGCAGGAGGAAGAACGAAAUCAGGGGUCUGGCUCCAGCAGCAAUGGUGACUGGAUGAAGAACCUGAUCUCCCCCGAGCUCGGAAUUGUGUUCUUCAAUGUUCCAGAGAAGCUUCGGAUGCCCGAAUCCGCACUGAAAGUAAAGCGAAGCAUUGAGGAGGCGUCUCUGACGCUGCAGUACCUCAACAAGCUUGGUAUCACACCAGAGCCUCUUCACCGGGUUGUGAGCAACACCAUCGAACCUAUUACACUGUUCCACAAACUUGGUGUAGGGAAACUCGACAUGUAUGUCUUAAACCCUGUGAAAGAAAGCAAAGAGAUGCAGUUUCUCAUGCAAAAAUGGGCUGGAAACAGCAAAGCUAAGACAGGUAUUAUGAUGCCAAAUGGAAAGGAAGGGGAAAUAUCUGUCCCAUACUUGACUUCAGUCACAGCUCUCAUCGUUUGGAUUCCUCACCGUCCAACAGAAAAGAUAGUCCGGGUGUUAUUCCCAGGAAAUGCACCACAGAACAAAAUCUUUGAGGGCCUUGAGAAACUGAAACACCUUGACUUCCUGCGAUACCCCGUGGCCACCCAAAAAGAUAUAAGCUCUGGUGCACCCCCUCCCAUUAUUAAACAGACUAAAAUGAGAUCCAGAACUGACAGCAAGGAGAGUCUGAAGUCUUCACCCAAACCACACUCUAAAACAACCAAGAAGGAGGCUGGUGGGCAGGAAGAGGAGCCAAAGACUGACACGGCAAAAGAGAAUAAAGCAGAAAAGAAAGAAGAGAAGAAAGUCAAAAGUGAAAGUCUUAAAGCCACUAAGCAACAGAAAAACAGUGAGGUGGCUCCUGCCACAGAAAAGAAAGAGAAGAAGAAAAUACCAAAAGAGAAAACCACCAAACAAGAGAAGACAUCCAAGAUGGAUGAAAAGAAAGACAAAGAGAAAAAAGAAGUGAAGAAAGAGAAAGUGAAAAAAGAUGACAAUAUAAGAAAGGAGGAGAAAAAAGAAAGUAAGGCCAAGGAGGACAAAAAGAAGGAUCCCAGUAAACCUGAGCUGAGAAAGAUCACUAAACCUGACCUGAAGCCACUCACUCCAGAAGUGAGAAAAACUCUACACAAGGCCAAGGCUCAAGCUAAGCCCAAGACUGACAAAAACAAAACAGCUAAAGAGGACUCAAAUGAGAAGAAACCAGUUCCAAAGAAUAUCCCAGAAGAGGUUGCAGCAGCAGCUCUGGCAGACAGGUCCAUUGUAUCCUCACCUGAAGACCUCACUGAAGACUUUGAGGCUUUAAAAAAUGAAGAGAUGUCCAAACUUAAGAGUGAACCUAUUCAGAAUGAUGUGAUCUCUGGACACUCAGCAUUCACAGAUACUAAAGUUUCCUCCUUGGUGUUCCCUGAUCAGAAAGCUACAACCCAGAUGACUGAGACUAAAUCUGUUUCGCCCACAUCUCCUGUCAAACCAGAAGAAAGCAUGGGAACAGCAAAGCAGGCUGUCACCUCUCAAAAGAAGGACAUAAGUGAUGCCUUUGAUAAGAAGUACGAAGAGGAAAAAAUGGAAAAAUAUGACAAAUACUCUGCGAAGGACCGAUCAAAGAAGAGUGAAAGCUCUGAGGAGGAGGGGGAUGUGAUUGAAAAGGCUGAACUUGAAGGAACAGAAGAUGAUGAGGUCCUGAAAUAUAAAAUGGAAGAAGUGAAGAAUGAAAAACCUGGAAAGGAGUGGGACACCAAGCCAACUGAGGAAAAACCCGUAUCCACUGCACCCCUGUUAGGACAAGCAGUAGCAGCUUCUGCCUCAGAGCAGUUCUCUUUCAUCCAGGAUGAGACCAUCCCCGGAUACUCUGAGACUGAGCAGACACUCUCAGAUGAAGAGAUCCAUGAGGAAACAGAGGACAGAAUCCCACAGCUGCGCUACGAUGUGGGUUCUUACGACAUCUCUGUUCCUGAUGUCCCUGGGACAUUUGAUUCCAUGCAUGGAAUAAAAGAGAUGAAAAGCUCAACAGUGGCCGAUGUUUCGGAUGUCAAACCAAAAUCAUUCAUGGGAAGCCAUGAGCCCGAGCUUGCACCUUACCCUGCCAUCAUUGCUGCUCCUCUUGCCGAAGAGGAGCACAUCUCCUCAGCGACAUCCAUCACAGAUUAUGACAAACUGUCUUCUUUUGCUACAUCUGUCGCUGAAGACCAGUCAAUUGCCUCAGUGACAGCACCUCAAACUGAGGACGCUGGCAGGCACUCCCUCCUACUAGAUACCAAUGUACCUUCUCGCGCUGAGGCUGUCCAAGGGAAAGACUAUCUUCACUCUGCAGGAACUAUCUCGCCGACUUCAUCUUUGGAGGAUGACAAGUGCUUUAAGUCCCCCUCCUCUGAUGAAUAUCAGCCCAAUAUUCCUGAAAUGGAGGGUGAUGCAAAAAUAAAAUUGGCCCAUGAAGAAGAAGAUGAUGAGGAUGAAGAUGAUGAGGAUCAGACACCGAAUGUUGACAUUCCUCUGGGUAAACUUCAGGAGGGCUAUGAACACGCAGCCUCCAAAAUGCUGCAUGACAAAGAAAAAUCACCCUCUGCCCCUUUUGCUCCACCUACUCCCUUCUCGACUACACAGUAUUCACAAUCACAGAACAUCACACAAGCCCCAACUCUAUUCAGUGCAGAAGCAGCUAAGGUGGGCAUUGAUGUUAAACCAAUUUCACCUCCUCCUGCCUUCUCUCCUGGGUUUGAUUCUCACUCAAGGCAGGAGAGUGAGGAGAGAUGUCCAAGUCCAGACGACAGCACCAUGAAACUGGCCUCUCCCACACAGUCUGUUCCCACAAGUAGCGGCUACUCUCCAACUGAGGAUAAACCAUUUAAGAUUGAAGACAAAGAUGAAUCAUUAACCAGUGUCAAAGCUGAUUUCCAGAAAAAUGAAAAAUCUGUCACAAUCUCAGACAAUACCUCAUUUAUUGGCCUGCCAGGUGACAAGACAACAUUUGAAGCUUCUGAAGAGUCUGAUGAAGACAACGAUGAUGAGGAGGACGAUUACGAUAAAAAAGAACUACAGCCCACGGUAAAGGCAAAGCUCAUGGAAGCAAAAGAAGGACGCUUCUUGGAUGAUGACUUGGAAGGUGAUUUUGAAGGGAAAGCUGAGAAGAAAGAAACAGAAAUCAAGAGUGGAGACAAGGCACAGGUGUCUUUUAGUACAGACAAGAAACCAAAAGUGAUGUUCUCUGAUGAAGAUGACGAAGAUGAAGAUGAAAAGACUGAUGACUUUCCAAGUGGGGAAGGGUCAAAACUUUUUUCACCAAGUCAAGGCAAAGCAGAUUCUACUGACAGUAAAAAUACAACAGAUUCAACUGCUAAAGACUCUGAGAAAAGCGUUCAUUUCAGUCUCUAUGGCUUUCCAGAGAAAGAGGGAAGAGAAAGGGCGUCAUAUAAAAGACAGGACACACCCUAUGUGCAUGGAAAAACUUUCUCUUACAGUGACGUUUAUGACAGUAAAGCAAGCUCAGUUGACUCAGAUUUCUAUCGCCAGGAGUCUGUUGAUAAGAUGGAAAAAGAGGUUGCAAAUGAUGAAAUGGAUUUCCAGAAAGAAGAGUCACCGUCCUCAACUACAGCCAAGGACAAGACAACAGAAAAGGAGGGCUUUGCCACCUCUUAUGGAAAAGAGCUGUCCACCUCAUCAUGGCAGGAAACAAAAAGUCCUUCGACGACAGUCACACAUGAAAAAGAGGUCAAAAGAGAGACCUUUGGAUACAGCGAAAGUAGUAGAUUCCCUUCGGUGGCUGACCGACCUGAGGCCUCAACCACCUCUUUAACAUCAGAGAAGGACUCUGCUUUGAAAAGCCCAACUGAGAAGAAACCUGCGUAUUCUCCGAUGAUGGAAUUUGACAAACUUGCUUUUCCAAGCAACAGUGAGAAAGGAGCGUGUCUGGAGAUUGAUAUGCGCAAACUGACUGCAAGGGAUGAGGAGGACUAUGAUGAUGAUGAAGUCAUUGAUGAUGACGAUGAUGAAGAGGAGGAAGAAGAGGAUGACGAUGAAGGUGGAAUUGAUUCUGAUACUGAGAAAGGUGCCAAAGAGAAAUCAGAGAAGGAUGUAAAGAGUCCAAUCAGUGAAAUGUUUGGCUCAAACAGACCCGAAUUUAUGGUUUCAAUGGCUGGAUAUGGUUAUAAUAGUCAGGGCAAGCCGAGUACCAAAGAAACAAGUUACAGCUCACUCACAAAGGAUGAUGAUGGAGCUAAAAGUGACUCCUCAUCCUUCAGUGGAAAGCCAAUGGAUUUAGGGGCCACAGGAUUUUCUGGCUACUCAUCAGGAUUUGAAUAUUCAUAUGGAAGUGCCAAUAAAGACAAAGUAAAGGAUGACUUCACUUUGAGGUCCACAGAAGAUGAGUAUUAUCAGAAUGACAGAGUAGAUGCUGACUUCGAGAAACAGAAGACACCAGACCUUCUCAGUAAGCAAUCCCUGGAAGGAAGUUUCCAGUAUGCAACCACUGCUGCUCCUGGGUACUCAUCCUCCUCAGCCUAUUCCUAUUCCUCUUCCACCUCAGGCUCCCUCUCAACGAGCCGUCAGUUUGGAGAGGAACUGGAAACUCCUGCAUCAGCUGAGCCCCUUUUCGAGUACUCCUCUUUCAAAGAGGAACAUUCACUUGUUAUGGAUUCUCCCCUCUCCAGUUCAGCUUGUGCCAAAGACAGCUAUCUGGAAGUUUCUGAGAAACAGAUUACUGCUGCAACCACAGCUGAAUCUACCUCCAAUUUAGCCCGCUUCUCACCCCUCAGCCCAUUUGAAGAGGUCAAACCCUUCUCUUCAGUUUCAUCUUCUGCUGCCACUGAUAACAAGAAGGAGCAUACAGCCUCAUCAGGUCCUGCUACAGAUAAAGGCCCACAAUCUGAGUGUUUUUACAAGCCCAACUGGCCUGAGGGGGCAAAGCAAGACACAACUCCUGGGUAUGGGGUUUCCGCUGGACCAUUUGCUCAACUUUCAGAGCUGUCCAAGGAUAAAGAAGCAGCCAGUGCUGCUCUGUUUGGUGUCACGUCCUCACCUCGGCCGGAUAUAGAAGGCAAGCAUUACUUUGAGGAGACUGACAGCAGUGAAGAGGAGGAUGAGGAGGCUUAUAUGCGUGAGAUGACUAGGAAGUCUCCUUCCGGUGGUCUGACUGGCAAUCUCCCAUUUUCUGAUAAACCUGUUGGUCCAGCUAUCAGUGAAAAAACAAGUGGUACACUUCCAGAUGUACUUGGAUCCUACACAGCGUCACCUCUCCAGGUCAGCAAGCCAGACACUUCAAAUGGCCCUACAGAGGUCAACGCAACAGCUGCACUCCCUUCUGGAGGGGCAGCUGGUGGUGCCACAUCAAGCCCUCCUAAGCUGGAGUCCAGAGAGGGAGCAACGGGUUACAUUAGGAGUUCUUAUGAGUGGGAAAUGCCAAAAUCCCAGAUGGGCAUGGUGCCUGGAGACUCGCCUCCUCAUUACCGUCAUGAUGAUGACUUUGAAGAGGAAUGUGAGAUGGAGCCAGAGCACCCAGCCCGUCCACUGUCACUUUCCACAACCGAUCAGCCAUUCCGCUCCCCAUUUUAUGCAGAGGAGUGCAGCCGGGGAGAGCAGGAUGAUGAUGACGACAGUGAUCAGGAUGCACCCAUUGGAGCUACCUCCUCUUAUGCCAGUCGCACAUCUCCUGGAUAUUCAUCGUCUGAGUUGAGACAGCGCAAAGAGGACCUGUCACCUUCCUUCAUCAACCCCUGCAUGCGACAGCUAUCCAGUGAUGAAGAUGAUGAUGAGCAGGGUCGCAGAAGUGAUCAGUCACAAGAAGGGGAUGAACAUGACCUGUCAGUCAAGCGAAGGGCUCACAAACAGCCCCAUCGUCACCCUCACAGCAGGGACAGCAGCUCUCUGCACCAGACCGGUGGGAUGUCAGCUGGUCUGGGUCUAGCCACAGAAGAUACUCCACCGACCUCCGUCAGUGAGUCUCUAGCCUCUCAGUCAGAUUCUGAUGUUCCCCCUGGCACAGAGGAAUACCCCUCAGUUACUGGAGAGGGCAACAUGGACUCAGAUGAUGAUGCAGACUACAUGCCUAUAGAUAAAUCUGCUAUGGGGGGAGGCACCCAUCACUCCGCAUCUCGGAGGAGCCAUGACCCUCCUCCUGCUCCCCUUAUGGACUCCUACCCACAUCCUCCACACCCAGAUGUUUGCAUGGUAGAUCCUGACUCUUUGGAUAACAGUUCAUUGAAGAAAGAGCCAAAAACCAAGAGCUUGAAAAAGUCUUCGGGGAAAACCAAAUCAGCCUCCCCAGCUAGGCGCAAGAGGUCUCCGAUGCCUGUCAAACAGACGCCGUCUCCUCGCAGUGCCUCCCUGAAAAAGAAGGAGGCAGACAAGAGCUCACGUAUGUCUCGUCUGUCAGAUGGUCAAGGGUCCAAAGAUGAUGACCUCUCUAGAUCUAGCUAUAAUCCCGGCAGGGGGCUGACUAACGGCAUCAAGAGUAGUUCAGGUUCCCAGAAGUCCAGCUCUUCAGCUGCUCCUGGACUCCCCAUUUAUGUGGAUCUGGCAUACAUCCCCAACCACUGCAGUGCCAAGAAUGUGGACCAAGAGUUUUUCAAACGCAUUCGCUCUGCGUACUACGUGGUUAGUGGAAAUGAUGGAGCCAGUGGUGAACCAAGCCGAGGAGUCCUUGAUGCCCUUUUGGAUGGCAAAGCUCAGUGGGGAUCCAACCUGCAGGUGACGCUGAUUCCCACCCAUGAUACAGAAGUGACCCGAGACUGGUACCAACAGACACACGAGAGGCAGCAGGAACUCAACAUCAUGGUUCUUGCCUCCAGCAGCACCGUCGUCAUGCAGGAUGAGUCUUUCCCUGCUUGCAAGAUUGAGUUUUAAGAUUUCUGUGUCCUCUGCGUCUCUCUCAUUCUCUGUUAGUCUUACUGGCCUCUGUAGUCUAGAUUAGUUUAUAUCGUUCUUCUCUGUGGCCUGAUAUCAAAAUUUGGUCGAGC